AUGUCAUGGAACGUUGAUUCAGCAUAUAAGGCUGCAUUAUCUCCAGAUAGUGGUUUAUGUAGCAUCUACAAAUCCAGAAACAGGGGCAAAGUUGUGAAAGAGGCAGGAUUACAUUUAAAACAAUCCGCAAAAAUAACUGAUGAAGAAGUAAAAGAUGAAUUAGGACCGGGGGGAGAUUCUCCAACCAGGGAUAUCGUAGCAGCGGCAAUUCAUUUCUUAAUAAUAAAUAGAGCUGUCAAGACAAAUAGAAAAGGAACAACCAAAGUAGGAACAUUCACCCACCUUAGAAAUGGAAAGGACAUCGAUAUAAAGCAAAAGGACCAGUCCCUGAGAAAAUUGCCUUCCUUGGGAAAAGAUGAAGUUCUCAUCGGAAAAGGAAUACUAACUGGAGUUGCGUGCACAGUCAUACAGAGUGCAGUAAGGACACGGAAGAUAUCGGGAGAAAGUAAUUCUUUGAAAUCAGAUUAUGGCUUGUCUAAGAAGAAAUUAUCACGGAAACAUAGGUGUUUGAGCUCAGUUGAAGUUAGCACUAGAAAUAAAUCGUCGAAAAGAAGUCCUUCCUUGAGCACAAUUGAUGCAAUCUUCGAGGAAGAAUUCUCCGAAGAGGACACUUCCGUGAGCUCAGUUGAAACAAUCACGAAAGAGGAAGUAUGGGGAAAAGUUAAUACUACAGGAAGAAUUCAUGUAGUUGACAGGGAGGAAAGAAUGGCAAGAGACGAUUCUUUGAGUAAAAGUUCUUGCGAUACUACGGAGACAGUGUUAGUGGAGAGUGGCUCACCAUGCAAAGUUGGCCCAGCUAUUAGAGACAGAACAUCAACAAGGGAUGAUAUUUCUAGCGCAGAUGAUUAUAACAGUUUAUAUUCUUCAGGACGUAGGCGCGAUGUGAAUUCAACGAGGGUAUCUAAGGAGGAAGGAUCUUCUUCUUCCAGGGAUGAUACAUAUCGAAGAUAUGAUUCAUCCGAAGUAUAUGGCCAACGGAAGGAAAGUGAGAUAGAAGCUGCAAGAACUGUGUAUAACAGGGUAAAGUCUGUCAGGAGAAGUCCCUUAUACUCGCAAAAAUCUGCGAAAUCAGAUGUCGAUACCCUAGAUGAUAUAAGGAAGAGGACGAAAAAGCAAAAACAAGAUGAAACAAAGAAACAUAUAUACAUAACAUGCAAAAGAGAUAUGCAGAAGAGAUUAAGGGCUGCAACAGGCACUUAUACACCGAAAGAAAAGUUUGAACAGGAAGCAUAUGAUUAUACGUAUGAUACAACCGCAGAUACAUAUUGUGAGGAAGGUCUAUCCAGAGAGGAAUUUUAUAUAAAGAGAAGUAAUGAGAUGUAUAGAAGAAUGCAGAAAGUAAGACAAAGUUAUGCAUUAAGAAGAAAGCCAUCCCAAGCUGAGAUUGAUUCUAUAGAUGAUAUCAUAAGUGGGAACGAGUCAUCAAAGAGGGAGCAUACAUCGGAGAAACUGCAUGUACAAGAACCUGAUGAUGUCCAAGAAGGAUUUGUUCAUAUGAACGACGGUGAAACAUUAUUAAGAGAUGGUCUUUUUAAGAAAGAAUACACGUCUUAUCAAGCUACAUUGCAGAUAAAAGAUGAUUUUAGUGAACAAAGUACCAAGUUACACCAAGCAAAGUUCAAAAUGACAGGUAGUUCUAUGAAUACCAAUGACAAACUGGGUAGAGAGGAAUUGUUUGGAAAAGAUAUAUCAGGAAAUUCCAUUGAUCUACUGAACAAAGAAGAAUUGAUGAGAGAGGAGCAUCUAAUUAACACAAUAUAUGUAACGUGCUCUAAGAGUUUAUAUAAAAAGAUGCAGUAUCUAGAUGAAUGCGGUUUAUUGGACAGCUAUGGAAACAAAGCAGAACCUGAGAAUGACAAUGGUGUGUAUAUAACAGAGAACAAUAGAUUAUUUAAGAAGAUUAAUAACAUAAGUGCCGAUGGGUUUACACCCGAUGAAGAUGUGUCAGCGAUAGUUGAUGAAUAUGCGGAGAACUUAUAUUUAAGGUGCCAAAAUAGUCUAUUUAAGAGAAUUCACCAUCGGGGAGAAGGGGAUUUAGAAAAUAUUAAAGAAUUAUUGAAAAGAAAAGAAAAGGAAGAUUCAAGCGAAUCAGUAAACGAAAAGAUAUUACCACAGGAAAGGAAGCAGACCAUAUAUUUAUACUUGCAUGAAGAAGAGAAAGAUAAAGAUCCAGAUAAGAAUAAAAAUGAUUGGGUUAUAUAUAAACGCAUUGAAGCUCGCAAAGUAAAGGUUGAAUUACUAGAUGUGCAGACUAUGAAUAAGCUUGAUGUAACAACCGUUGAUUCAGUAUAUAAAGAGACAGAAGAAGCUCUUAUGAGAAGUGUCUUAGAACCAGCAAAAAAAAUGAUGAGACCCAAAGUGGAAGCAGCAGAAGAAUCUCUUAUGAAAAAUGUCAUGGGGCUACAGGAAAAGACCACCAAAUCCAAUAUUAAAGAAACUAUGAAGAAGGUGGCCAAAUAUGGAGUGUUCUAUAAACGUUGCGGGACAGUGAACAGAUAUUACCAUAAAGGGAGCAUACAAAUGGUGUAUAACUCAAUAAGUAGUGGAGGAGAGCACAUGUUCUAUUUUAGCCCGUGUCGAAGAUUGGAAAGAUGGUUACCUGUUGAUAAUUCUGAAAAAUGA